AUGGCCAGCUCAAGGAUCUUCGUCAAGGGCUUACCGCCGACUCUCGCCGAAGCGGACUUCAAAAGCCAUUUCUCGGCCACAGGCGAAGUCAAAGAUGCGAAGAUCUACCCCAACCGUCGCAUCGGGUUUGUGGGCUAUGAGACAGCAGAAGAUGCGGCGAAGGCGGUCAAGUACUUCAACAAAACCUUCAUUCGCAUGUCGAGGCUGCACGUCGAGGUUGCCAGGACACCGCGCGAGUCAAAGGCGCUCGAGGUCCAGCACAACCCCAAUCAUGAAGACUUACGCCCUACAUCAACGAAGAGAAAGUGGGAUGGCGAGCAGGGCGAGAAGCAAGAGCGGGAUCCACAGCUACAAGAAUAUCUUGACACUGUCCGACCCAAGGCGAGGAAGUUGGGCUGGCAAGAUGACGCUUCUGUGAAUGCCGAAAUACAAUCUACUGGAGCUUUGAAUGCGGCAACCGGGGGUCAGAGUGAUGAGGAGUAUGAGGAUCUCACAAAAUCUUCCGAGUCCAAAAAGCAAGUGCCCGAUGAGCAGCCGAUCCCUGCAGAAGACAACACUCCCGAAGCAGGCGAGGAGGCCGCACCAAUUGCCACCGAUACUGCGAAACAUGCCGAGCCGGCACCACAAAACGCUAUGCCAACACCACCGUCCGAUGCCGAGGAGAACGAAACCGCUGAAGUUGCCGUCGAUGAUACAUUAACGGGUGUCAGGGCUAGCAUGCGACUCUUUGUGCGCAACCUGCCGUACGAUGUGAAAGAGGCUGAUCUGGAGACGGAAUUCGAGCCUUUUGGCAACCUGGAGGAGGUCCACAUCGCCGUUGACAAGAAGACUGGAGCUGCGAAGGGAUUUGCAUUUAUCCAAUUCUCUGACCCCGACUCAGCCGAAACUGCGUUGCGCGAGAAAGAUGGAACAACCUUUUCGGGCCGUUUGAUACACGUACUGCCGGGGAAAGCAAAGCAAGACAACAAACUCGACGAGUUCGCCCUCGCAAAACUCCCACUAAAGCAGCAGCAGCUGAUCAAGAAGAAACGAGAGACUUCGUCGAAAAUGUUCAACUGGAACGCACUCUACAUGAAUACCGAUGCUGUGUUGUCGAGCGUCGCAGAUCGUCUUGGAUUGCCAAAGUCAGAAAUUCUCGAUCCCACCAGCAGUGAUGCAGCUGUGAAACAGGCCCACGCGGAGACCCACGUCAUUCAAGAGACGAAGGCGUACUUCAAACAACAUGGUGUUGAUCUGGACGCGUUCAAGAAGAAGCAACGAGGAGAUACUGCCAUCCUGGUGAAAAACAUUCCAUAUGAUUGCAGCCAGGAUGAAUUAAGGCGGCGAUUUGAAGAGCACGGCGAGCUGACGAAAUUCCUCUUACCUCCGAGCAAGACGACUGCGAUUGUCGAGUUUGCCAACGCAGCCCAGUGCAAGGCUGCUUUUGACGCACUCGCUUACCGCCGAAUCAAGAGCUCCAUGCUCUUCCUUGAGAAGGCGCCAAAAGGAUUAUUCGACGGGCAAAUGGCCAAUUCGAAUGAUGAAGUUCCCGCCAAUCCAGCGAAGCCGUCCGCAUCCGAUCUCAAGUAUUCAGAGCACGUUGCGGAUGGAACUGGCCGAUCUACAUUGUACGUCCGCAAUCUCAACUUCAAGACUUCGACGGCGGAAUUCGCGGAAGCCUUCAAAUACCUCGACGGCUUUUCGACUGCGGUGGUGAAGACAAAGGCGGAUCCAAAGAAUCCCAACGCAGCCUUGAGCAUGGGCUUUGGUUUCGUAGAGUUCAAGUCUACUCAGGACGCGCAGAAAGCACUCCAAAUGAUGGACGGUCACGAACUAGACGGCCACAAACUGCAGAUCCGCGCCAGCCACAGAGGAGCAGAUGCCGCAGAGCAGCGAAGAAUCGCGGAUGCCGAAAAGCGGGCAGCUGGGAAGCACACCAAGAUCAUCAUCAAGAACCUACCAUUCGAGGCUACAAAGAAGGAUGUCCGCGCGCUGUUCUCGGCCUACGGCCAGUUGCGCAGCGUUCGAGUUCCCAAAAAGAUGGACAGGGCGGCCCGUGGAUUUGCCUUUGCCGAUUUCGUCACCCCGAAAGAGGCCGAGAAUGCCAUGGAGGCUCUACGACACACCCAUCUGCUCGGCCGUAGACUCGUCCUGGACUUUGCUGCGGAAGACGCAGAGGAUGCGGAAGCGGAGAUUGAGAAGAUGCAACGCAAGGUCGGAGCACAGGUCAACAAAGUCGCUCUGCAGAAGCUCACCAGUGGUGGGAGAAAGAAAUUCAGCACGCAGAAUGAUGAGGAAGAUAAUGAUGACUGA